CCCAGCAAGCCUUGAAUCUCGCCUCUCUUUCAGAGUUUGCACAAAAUCUCAGUACAGUCUCCAGACUGAAACCAAAUAGAAAUUAUAGAAAUUUAAACUCCAAUAUAUAAAAAUAUAUUAUAUUUUUUACAUUCCAAAUGAAGAUGAACUCAAGCCCCGCCUACCGUUCGGUAGUCCUUGAAUGUCUCCGUGAAAAUGCAAGCAAUAUGCGAGAGGAGCACCAGAAUCUGGCCACGCGCAUUAACAUUGCCUUGGCACAUUCCCGAGCCAAUCUGCUCAGUGUGGAGAAAAUUAACCAGGAGCUAAAGAAAAUGAAGGUAACUGUCAACGAGGCCAUUCUGGAUAUACGCGGCACUAAGGGAACUGAAUAUAUGAAAGUCGUAUGCGGAAAUAUCUUGAGCAAUUUAAUCAAUGCAACGGUCGAGUUUAAUAUGAUGAGGGGUUCUGUGCCCAAAAAUCAAAUCACGGAGGCUGAUAUCAGAGAAACCAUUCUAAAUGUUUUGGGAAAAGAUGCGUCUAUUGAAGAGGUUUCUUGUGAAGAAGAAAUUGAUGCUGGUGAAUCUACAUAUAACUCGGAAGAACUUUCAAACUUUGAAUCGGAAUGUAAUGACGAAUACGCUGCGGAAUAGCCAAUAAAAUUUUUUAGAGGUUUAAAGUUUAAAUUUAUUUGUUCCUUAACACCAUUCAAGAGCCUGAGUCAACUUUAAUUGAAAAACUUCUGUAUUUGUUAAGGAAUUUUUAAUACAAAUCGACUUGAAAGAAGAAAAUGAUUCAAAGGUGAUUAAACAAUGGUUUAGAAUAAAGAAACAAAACGUUUAUUUUAGUUAUAUGUGAGCAAUGCAAUUCUAAAGUGCUUUGAGGAAAAAUGAAGUGAAUUUUAAUUAGGCCAACGAUUUCCUAAGGCUUAAAUUGGCUUUUUUAUGAGGUAACGCUUUCAAGGAGAAACUUGAACUCAACUACAAAAGAAUGAUUCAGGAUUUGAGCUUAUUUUCAAGACUCCAAGUAACCUUAUCAAGGAAAACUCAUGAACUGGACUUAUAUACUUAAUAAUUCACUUCUUAAAAAUCC